CGUUAAUGAAACCACACCUUUAUGUACCGGUCAGUUUAUAAAAACAAUUCGCGUCGCGGUUGAUUCAGUUUCGCUGAGUGCUUCGUGAAGUGCGCGCGUGUUACAAAAUGGCUGCCAACGUACCAAUUAUUCUGAACAACGGACGAACGUGCCCUAUUUUGGGACUGGGAACUUGGAAAUCCAAACCUGGUGAGGUAGAACAAGCUGUGAAGGAUGCUAUUGAUGCUGGAUACAGACACAUAGACUGCGCACACGUCUACAUGAACGAAAAGGAGGUCGGACAGGCUUUGAAAGCGAAAUUUGACGAGGGAGUUGUAAAAAGGGAAGAUAUCUUUAUAACAUCGAAACUGUGGUGCACCUUCCACCGUCCGGAUCUUGUAGAGGGCGCUAUUAAGACCACGCUCACUAACCUGGGAUUGGAGUAUUUAGAUUUGUAUCUCAUUCACUGGCCUCAAGCUUUUAAGGAAGGUGAAGAGUUAUUCCCAUCGGGAGCUGAUGGCAAAGUCAUUCCUUCAUCAGUAGACUACGUGGACACCUACAAGGAAAUGGAGAAAUUGGUGGAAAAGGGUCUGACGAGAAGCAUUGGACUGUCGAACUUCAAUAAGAAACAGAUCGAAAGAGUUUUGGAGAUUGCUUCGAUAAAGCCAGCUAUGUUGCAGAUCGAAGUCCAUCCAUACCUGAAUCAACAGAAACUGAUCGAUUUCUGCAAGCUCCAUGACAUCGCUAUCACUGCGUACUCUCCUCUCGGAUCUCCUGACAGACCCUGGGCCAAACCUGAUGAUGUUAAGCUCUUGGAUGAUCCAAGACUUAAAGCCAUUGCUGAUAAAUAUGGGAAGAGUACCGCUCAAGUUUUAAUCAGAUACGCCAUCGACCGUGGCCUCGUGGUCAUCCCAAAAUCCGUCACCAAGACCCGUAUCAUCCAGAACUUCAGUGUAUUUGACUUCCAACUGACUCUCGAUGAUAUAAUGGAGAUAUCGUUCCUCGAAUGCAACGGCAGAGUAUGUUCUAUGGGAGACACACAUCAUCCAGACUAUCCAUUCCAUGACGAAUACUAAAGAUCAGAAGCCUGGGCUGGAAAUCUCAUUAAUGGUAAAGAAAAAAGUUGGUCGUUAAGUC